UUUAGCGAGCAAGCUAAGUUUACGGCUUCGGACGGUGUAGGUGGUGAUAACUUUGGUGGGACCGUUUCCGUGAGUGGAGAUUACGCGCUCGUUGGAUCAGGUCUCGACGACGACAACGGUGACGCUAGCGGCAGCGUGUACGUGUUCCAGAGAUCUGGACAGACGUGGAGUCAGGUGGGCAAGCUCACAGCGAGUGACGCAUCAAGUUCGAUGAAAUUCGGUUGUUGCGUCUCCCAAUCGGGAGACUAUGCUCUCAUCGGAGCAUGUGGAUCGAACGCAGGAUACCCCGGCAAAGCGUAUGUCUUCUUGCGCUCCGGGUCGACAUACACGGAGCAGCAUAGCUUCAGGGGUUCGGAUACGUCGGGUGGUCAUUAUUUUGGUAUAACAUGUUCACUGUCAGGCGAUUACGCCAUCGUGGGAGCACCCUAUACAACAGUGAGUGGAAAUGGACAGGCUGGCAACGCAUAUAUAUUCGUGCGUUCUGGAGCGACUUGGUCGCAGCAAGCGAAGCUUACGGCGCCGGAAGUAACCUCGACGGAUUGGUUUGGCCAAUCGGUGAGCUUGUCGGGUGACUACGCCAUCGUUAGCCAGAGCCUUGACGACGACAAUGGUCUAUCAAACAGUGGAAGCGCACACAUAUUCGUGCGUUCUGGGACGACGUGGUCGUCGCAGGCGGAGUUGCAUGCUUCAGACACUUCGGCCGGCGACUCUUUCGGUAGUGCCGUGUCCAUUUCGGGCGACACUGCCCUUCUUGGAGCUUAUGGAGAUGAUGGCACGGGAAGCGCAUACGUCUUCACGCGCUCAGGGACUACUUGGACGGAACAAGCAAAGCUGAAGGCAACGGCAUCGGACGGGACUAGGCAGUUCGGCUACUCUGUCGCAAUUCUGGGUGAUGUCGCACUUAUUGGUGAUUAUAAGACUGGGAGUGUUCCCAGUCGCGGCGUUUAUGUAUCCACGCGUUCAGGGGUGACCUGGUCGGUUCCGACGAAAUAUGACAGUUCAGACGGGGCGACAGGCGACGGCUUUGGCGUGGCAGUUGGACUGUCG